CUAUACAGAAAUUUCUUGCAGGAAAUUUUCCGUCCUGCAAGAAAAUUUCUUAUCGAGUUCUUUGUGUUCCUCCGUAGAAGUGGACAUUUGCAUCUAAACGGUAAUUUAUGUAUCUGGUAAAGGUUAUGUCUGAGAGCUAUGCCAGUUGGACGAUGACAAGGGUAAAGACUAGGUGAGCAUGGUCUGAUUGGAGUGGGAUGUUGCAUUCUGGUACGGCACAAAUGAACACGGUGUUUUUAAGCUGUAGAUGUCAGUGCGGUGAUAAAGGGAGGGUGUGACAGAGUCCACCUGUUGGGGUCUGGUGCAGAGUGUGUUUUAAGGAAUGUCUUCCGCCGUUGUUGAGCGACGUGUUUUCCCCUGACAUCUUUCUCUGCAAGAAGAAAAAAAACAAGACGCAGCAAAAGAGAUGGCAUGAAGAUGCCGGGGAUGACAUUGUGGAGGUGAACAACCUCUCGGGCCGCCCCCAGCAGUACUCACCUGGGAGCUGAUGUGUGAGAUUGUUUGGGGGGAGGAAGGAGGAGUGAGGGGUUUGCGUGUUGAAGCAGGUGAUGGAGUUUAGUGGGGUGUGUUCAGGGUUCAAAGAGCAGCCCUCAGAGCGCAUCAUGUCUUAUUUUAACGAAUGGGAAGGAUUGAGGUACGGCUGCCACGGCAACCCCCUCACCCAUCCUGCUCCUCCGCUUCCAUCCUUCCUUCUUUCCUCCCUCCCUGCCUGCCUUCCUUUUCCUCUCCCCUCCCCCAGGAUUCACAACCAGCCUCACAGAUGAGUUGUGCUCAGACAGGUGAGAUGGCUCAUGAAUAUUUAUGCUGUGGGAUUUCAUUCCUCCCUGCCGCUGGACCCUCCCCCUCCUCUCCAAGGCGGUGCUGCGUUUGUCCUUCACGGUAAAGAGGCAGCGUCCUCGCUCCUGUCCCUCAGGUUAAUCUGCCUUGCUCUCUAGCCAGUUGUGUGUUGAUGUGUGUGUGUGUGUGUGUGUGUGUACAGGUGUGUAUUUGACUAGUAAAUAGGUUUCCCCCUAGUGAGUGAUGAGAAGGCAGAUGUGUCACAAGGGGGCCCGCUGAGAUUGUGAGCUCCUAACACCCUUCAUACCUCUCUGUCUCUUACUCAAGGUGGAGAAAGAACUGUGGAGCAGACAGAUUACAUACUGAUGGCCGGAUGUGGCAGGAAGAAGUUAUUCUACCAUCAAAACAUGCAAUGUCAAAAUUUAGGCAGGCAGGUCCGUGCCAAGCGGAUGGUGGAGGCAGCCAAUCCUGCAGAGUAUGAAUAUAUGGAGGGCAACAUUCCGAUAGAGUGGGAAGCUUGGAUCCGAGGCAGACGGAAGGAGCCUCCCUCCAUCGAGGAGCUGAUGAUGAAUGAGUCCCAGAGGAACGAGGUCAAGCUGAAGGCGAUGGAGCUGGAGGAGAAAGAUCUGGCACUACAGGCUAAAGAGCACGAGGAAGGCCUGGUGGCGACUCCUGCGAGGACUGUGGCCAAGGGCCACGCGUCCGCCGCCGUCUUUGGCAAGGAGGAGCUCAGUGAGGAGCCAACCAGCACUGCGAACAAGUUCCAGCCCGGUUCCUGGAUGCCCACCUCAAAGAAAUAGCUCGAGACCUCCACAGAGACUGAGACAUGAGGCAGUGCAAAGUAAAAUACAGUCCGCAACGUUAGCAGUGAGUGCUUUGUUUAGGAUAUCAAAUUGAAGACUUUAACUAAAUACAGAACUGAUCUGUUUUUAAGUUUGAAGAAAGCCUGAAAUAAAUUAGUGUCAUUUUUCUUUAAAAGGUACAACUGAUUGAUAGAAUCAGUCGUUCUAUCAGACUUUAUUUAUAGAGCACUUUUCUUACACUCAGGUGUAACACAAUGAUUUAUAGAUGUUAAAAACAGACAGAAGGGACAGCGAACCACAACAGACACAAUGAGAUUUAUCAAAGUGAUCAAAUCAGGGUAAGUGCAGUUGUAUAAUUAUAUUGAUAAAUCUGAUUUAAACAAAUGGUCUCCACGUUUCUACUACCAAAACGUACAAUAAUAUUUCAUUAUAAUUUCAUAAGCAAUCCUUUCCUUCAUUCCAACAGAUUUCUGUCAAAAUUCAACAGAGAAUCAGAUUGGGAAAAAAACUGCAGUUGGAGAUGUGUUAUUUUAUAAAUGUUGCCUAAAGAUACAGAAAUAAAAUUUGCCAACUUAAAAAUUUACAACAGAUUCACACCUCUGCUGUUUUGGUUUCUAAAGACAAGUGCAAGAAAUAAUUAUU